AUUUUUGCCUUCCCUAUCGCUGUUUUAUAUUAGACAUUUGCUUUUCCCUCAUUUAUUAGAAGAAGGACCACAUAUCUAUCCGGCCUGAAAUCAGCUGCAAACUUACUCGUGUAAAUACAGGAGAUACAGACGCUUUAAAUUUUAUAAAACGGCCUCUAUUUGCAUUUGAAAAAAAAUAAUAGUUUUAUUAUUCAAAUUGUUAUUCAAGAGAAUAGAAUAGCAAAUUGAAUAAAUAUCAAAGCUUGUUCUCUACACAUUUUCUACUCCUGUGCGCUUUCCUCAAAUUCUAGGUUUUUUAUGUAGUAAUCAUAUAAUUAUUUUGAAAGUCUCUACAUAACAACCAAGAAAUGGGUAUAAAGGGGUUUACGAAGUAUUUUAUGCGUCAGUUUCCCAAAUCAAUGCGGGUUAUCCAUCAAGGAAGGAAUAUUAUUGAAUAUGACCAUGUCUUGGUAGACCUCAACCAGAUUGUCCAUCGCGCUAUCAGAAGUGCAGAUAGCUACCAAAGACUCUGGAAAAAGCUGUAUUCAUUACUUAACGGCAUAUUGAAAAUAGUGAAAGUGCGCCGCACUGUUUUACUAGUAGCAGAUGGAAUAGCUUCAAAGUCAAAAUUUGUUGAACAAAGAAGGCGUAGAGUCAAAGAUGGAUUUUUGAAAAAGCAAUAUGUUAUCGACAGGGCUGGGCUGUUACCAGGGUGUAAUUUUACCUACGACCUAGAACAGGCAUUAUGUUGGUUUGUAUGCCAACGUUUGCAACACUGUGAUAGCUACCGCAACGUCAAGUUUUGCAUAUCCGGGCCUACAAUCGAAGGUGAGGGAGAACUAAAGAUCAUAAAGUACAUUCAAUCAAUUGGAAAGGUAAACGAUUUCUUUUUGAUAGUAGGAAGCGAUGCUGAUUUGAUCUUGUUAGGCCUAUCGGCCGGGUUUGAAAAUAUUUCGAUUCUUACGACAGCAACAUCUGAAAUGCUAAAAGAUGUACGGUUAUUAAGACCAGAUGCCCCGGACCAGAAAACCUACUAUGUGGAAGCUAGAGGUACAGAAGUACUGUCUCAAUUCCGGUCAAUGUUUCCUCGCUGCAAUCCAAUGGAUAUUAGCAUUGAAUUUGUUUUGAUGAGCAUUUUAAUGGGAAACGACUAUUUGCCUCCAAGUGCUGACUAUAAGAGACUAUGGGCUUAUUAUGUCGCCACAAGAAAUAACUUUACUAGGUGCUUGGUAGAUCUAAAUGGGUGUAUUUGUUUGAAGAUGUUCUUGAAGCUUUUAUCUCACGGAUACAAGGCUUUUCUGCCUAACAUGAAGCCAGUUCAAUAUGACCUCACUUUUAAAAGAUUUGUAGAAAUGAAAAACGAAAUUCUCUCUGGAGCAAGACCUGCUUCUGAAAAAUUGCUGAAAGCUCUACAAACUACUGGAGAAGCGCCACCUCCCGACUCGUCGCAGAAUUCUACUACUACAGUAGGUGAAGAUCAAGCGGACAAUUGUUUUAUUGAUAAUGGUUCUUAUGAGGACGAUAUUUCCAUUUCUAAUUGUACUAAUCCAGACGAAGAAAUCGAUACUGUAGAUUCCCUAGCGCAACUUGCAGCCAAUGAGGUGCAACCCUACUAUGAUGAAAUUGAGCAUGCUUCACAGUACAUUUUUGGUCUCGAAUGGGUUAUAAAAUGUUAUCUUGAAGGUGAUAUAAUUGAAAAUGAUUGGUUCUUUCCCUAUUCACGUUCACCUCAUUACAGCGCUAUUGAAAAAUUGGUCAAAAACUAUCCUUCAAGAAUUAGGCAUCCAAAAAUGAAAAAAAAUCAAAAAAUGUAUCCGUUCAUGUUUGCCAUGACUCUUUCGUUUCCUAGCUCUUACCCUUAUAUUGCGCAAGUACUUAGACCAAUUUUAUCGAAAUGCCUACCAACGUUUAACAUGUAUUGGUCAAAAAAGCUAAUCUAUGUAGAUACAACCGAUCUAUUGAGCUAUCUGAAAAAAAUUAGUUUUUAUCAAUUCACAGAAGAAGAAAAAAAGUAUUCUUUUCCAGGGAAAAUACAUGUGUACGAGUAUACGCGACAAGUUUCUCAUAACGCUUUGAUACCGAAAUCUCCACUAGAUGAUGGCUACAUUAGGCCGCCUUAUCACCUGAAAUACCAGUCCUAUGAGCCAGACGACUUUCUUGAUUAUCUCAAAGGCCAAGGCGUCGGGGACAAUCUAAAAAUGAAAUUUAUGGGACUCCAUGCUGAAGGGUGCAUUGAAAGCAUUCUCAGCAGUAUGAACAACAAAAUGAACUAUCGGCUGGUUUACGAAAGGAAUCUACCUUCUAGUAAUAAGAACCGUGCUAUUUGCUACGAUAAAAAAGUUUGCCAUCGAAAGAGAAAGGGGGAGUGCAACGUAACUGAAAACGGUAGACAGCGCUUUGACGAGGAAGGACUGAUUUCAAAACCAGACUUUCUAGUAAUCAUCAGAGAACCCCGACAGAUUGGUAAUGGUAAAUAGAGAGUAUCGAACUAGCAUUAAAUGGUAAAAAAAUAUGGUAUUGAUGCAUUUUUCGCGAUCCGUGAACGUCAUGAAAUAUAGAUUAAUUGUGAAACGUGCUGUUUUGGCGUUAAAAAAACAAACGUACACAAAGUUGAAUUCUGCCGCUCUCUAUAGCUGGUUAUGCUAUCUAUAUCAUGAUAUACGUGAUUCGUUUGUUUGUAUCAUUUGGCGUUUAUAGACAAGUCAGCGUACGAAGAGAAGGUCUGGUGUGUUUCAAUUCAGCAGGGCAUCAAAAAACGAUGAUUUUGUAUAUACUACCAUCUAUCAUCUCUUGACGGGUGAAUGCGUCUUCAUAAAAAAAAUAAAUUUUGCACAUACAAUAAGU